UACUAUGGCUGAUGAUCUGGAGCAGCAGUGAGUGAAUCCUGUCUCUUUCUCUUUCUCUGUCUCUCUCUGGGCCGUGAUCCUGGGACUGUCUGUGGCCGAGGAACACUUUUAGACACCUUCCUGCCUUUCCUGUUUCAGGCCUCAAGGCUGGCUGAGUAGCUGGCUGCCAGCUUGGCGCCCCACUUCAAUGUCUCAGUUGAAGAAUGUGGAAGCCAGGAUUCUCCAGUGUCUCCAGAACAAGUUCCUGGCCCGAUACGUGUCUCUCCCAAACCAGAACAAGAUAUGGACGGUGACCGUGAGCCCCGAGCUCAGGGACCGUACCCCUUUGGUGAUGGUGCAUGGCUUCGGGGGCGGCGUGGGCCUCUGGAUCCUCAACAUGGAUCCCCUGAGUGCCCGCCGCACGGUGCACACCUUCGACCUGCUGGGCUUCGGGCGGAGCUCCAGGCCAGCAUUCCCAAGGGACCCAGAAGGGGCCGAGAAUGAGUUUGUGACCUCAAUAGAGACCUGGCGGGAGACCAUGGGGAUCCCCAGUAUGAUCCUCCUGGGGCACAGUUUGGGAGGAUUCCUGGCCACUUCUUACUCUAUCAAGUACCCUGAAAGAGUUAAACACCUCAUUCUGGUGGACCCGUGGGGCUUUCCCCUCCGACCAACUGACCCCAGUGAGAUCCGUGCACCCCCAACCUGGGUCAAGGCCGUGGCCUCUGUCCUAGGGCGUUCCAACCCACUGGCUGUUCUUCGAGUAGCUGGGCCCUGGGGGCCUGGCCUGGUGCAGCGAUUCCGACCAGACUUCAAGCGCAAGUUUGCAGACUUCUUUGAAGAUGAUACUAUAUCAGAGUAUAUCUACCACUGCAAUGCACAGAAUCCCAGCGGUGAGACAGCCUUCAAAUCUAUGAUGGAGUCCUUUGGCUGGGCCCGGCGCCCCAUGUUGGAGCGAAUUCACUUGAUUCGAAAAGAUGUGCCCAUCACCAUGAUCUAUGGGGCCAACACCUGGAUAGACACGAGCACGGGAAAAAAGGUGAAACUGCAGCGGCCAGAUUCCUAUGUCCGAGACAUGGAGAUCGAGGGUGCCUCACACCACGUCUACGCAGACCAGCCGCACAUCUUCAAUGCUGUGGUGGAAGAGAUCUGCGACUCAGUUGACUGAGCUGCUCUCACCAGAGGAAGCGGAGAAAGCCAGAGAGUCGCUCUCACCUCCCUGUCUGCUUACUCAUCCCUGUCCUUUCCUCACCAACUAACGUGCCAGCCAGGUAGAGUCUUGGGCCAUUCCCAAGGCAGGAACACAGUGAAGAGCACUCCUGACCCCCAGUGAAGGGCUGGAGGCAGAAGCCACCAAGAGGCCUUGAACUCCCCACCCCAGGGAAGAACACGAAGGCUCACUUAGUGCCACCCCGUUUUCUCCAUGCCAAGUGUUCGAAGGUAGUGGCUAUGAAGGGCCCCCACUGAAGGCAGAGUGGCCUCUCUUCCCCUGGACAAAGCAGAGGCUCCCAUAGUCUUUCCCAGCUCUGGAAUGUUUCUGGGGGUAGGUUCCAUGCAAGAGCAUCUUCCUCCUCCAUCAUCUUUUAGCCCCCAUCCCAUGCCAGCAUCCAGAGUCUGGCUGGGACCAGUUCCCUCUUGGCUACGAAGAACAGGUCCUGGAGCUCCCUUGUUCUUCAGAGUCCCCCUGUGACCUGAGAGGUCACAGCCAAAGCCCUCAUUAAUGAAUGAGGAACUGGCUGAGACAGGACAUGGCUGGCCCAUGGUAGUAGCACUCUGUUCCAGGAAAGCUCAGGCCGAAACCCAGGUCUGCUCUGCCCUGUGCUCAUUGCAGACUCCAUUUUCGAAGGUUACAGGCAGGCUCCACUGCUGUGGGGUAACUGGUGGAGGGCAUGCCCAUCUCUGCCCCAUGUUCAACCCACAUUGCACAUGGGUACUGCUGUCCUGCCCUGUGUCUCAGCCCCGGCUGCCUAAGCUGGGAAUACUCAAGUGCUUCCUUCCCUGCCCCCUCUUCCAACCGGGAGGCUUCUGUGCCUCCCUCUGUGCCUUGGGCCCUGAAGCCCCACCUGUAGUACAGAGCAAAGGUGGCCGCUGGUGGAGAGAGAAAGGAAGGCCCUUCAACAUAGGGCCCUGUCUGGAUUCCCAUGCUCGGGCAAGAUUUUUCUUCCCAUCCCCAGAGCUGAGGCCACCUGAAGCCCCUGCCCGCGGUCCCGUGGAGAGCCUCAUGCCAGCAGUUUCCUGUCCUCAUCAGCCACAGAUGGUUCUCACUGCCUGGCCCUCCAUCCCUGCCAUCUGUCCCCCAUGGUCUCCAGUUCAUCCCGUUCAACCUACCUGUCACUCUCUCCCAGAGGCUGGUUCCGGGUACUCCUGCGAGGUUCUGGGCAGUAGGCUGGGCCUGGCCCCAGAACCAGAGCAGCUCCUGCCUGCUCCUUCACUUUUGUAAAGCCAACCCUUCACCAGAAUAGUAUUAACUCACCGUGCUUUGUACUGCUGGUCCAGCUGCCUCAGGCUCCUUUUCUACAUUAAUAAAGAAAUUAGUAAAAACUG